CGUCCGCUGAGCGGAGAGAGUCAGCGGCAGCUCUGCGGUGUGUGAGUGUCUGCGUGCGUGUUUGUGCGGGGCCGUCGUCCCACUGCGCUCCGAUCUGCACCAGAGACAACGCUGCGCCUCCCGUGGAAACCCCCUCCCCCCUCCCCAUCCCUUACCUACCUACCUACCUACCUACCUACAACCCCCUCAGUCCCCCUCCAUUCAUUCUGCUGGCGUGUGCGCUCUGCGGCUGCUGGCAUCUUCCACGCACUGUGGAUGGUGGAUAGCGGCUCAUUUGCUGUGCAUCAUCCGACUGGAGAAGGCGUCUGACUGGCACCAUGAGCAGCACUGUGUUUCAGCAGCAGGCUGUCCACAGCCCUCUGGAGCAGCAGAAGCAGAAACAGAAGCAGGGCGGAGGAGGACCCAUCCCCUGUCAGAACUGUGGAAAGCCCUGCAAAGGGGAGGCCCUUCGCGUUCAGAACAAACACUUCCACAUCAAGUGUUUCGUCUGCAAAGUCUGUGGCUGUGAACUGUCCCAGGGAGGCUUCUUUGUGCGGCAGGGGGAUUACAUCUGUACCCUGGACUACCAGCGGCUGUACGGGACUCGCUGCUUCAGCUGCCAGGAUUUCAUCGAGGGGGAGGUGGUGUCCGCCUUGGGCAAGACCUACCACCCUCGCUGCUUCGUGUGUGCCUCAUGCAAACAGCCGUUCCCUGCUGGCGACCGAGUGACUUUUAAUGGGAAGGAGUGUAUCUGCCAAAAGUGUACCCAGCCUCUCCCUGCCAACAGCCCCGCACCCAUACAGGCUGUCCACAACUGCUGUGGCUGUGGGAAGGAGUUUAAGAAUGAACAGUCUCUUGUAGCACUGGACAAGCACUGGCACCUGGGCUGCUUCAAGUGUAAAGUCUGCAACAAGGUGCUCAAUGCCGAGUACAUCAGCAAGGAUGGGAUCCCCUACUGCGAGAUGGACUACCAUGCCAUGUUCGGCAUCCAGUGUGAGAGCUGCAAGAAGUACAUCACUGGGAAAGUCCUGGAGGCCGGGGAGAAGCAUUACCACCCCACGUGUGCCCGCUGCGUCCGCUGCGAGCAGAUGUUUGCGGAGGGAGAAGAGAUGUACCUGCAGGGGUCUUCUAUCUGGCAUCCACCGUGCAGACAAGCGGCCAAGCAGGAGGAGAAGAGUAAGAAGCAGGUCCGGAUACAGCUCAAUGACGUCCCUGCUGAGCAGCAGGUGACCCGGACUUCCUCCGAGAGCAUCACUUCAGUGCCGGCCUCCAGUGCCUCAGGGUCCCCGAGCAGAGUCAUCUAUGCCAAACUAGGAGAGGAGACGCUGGACUACAAGGACCUGGCAGCCCUUCCAAAGACCAAGGCCAUCUACAACAUAGACCGCCCUGACAUGCUGUCUUACUCCCCCUACGUCAGCUACCCGUCUGAGGAGAGGCACUACGGAGAGUCCCCCCAGCUGCUUUCUCCUACUCCUACUGAGGGUGAUGGGGAGAAGUCACCCCGUCAGCGGAGGCCCUCCAGCCCCAGCUCCAACAGCUCCCUGGGAGGCUACGGGCGCUACACGCCAUCCCGCUCCCCGCAGAACUACAGCCGACCAGGACCAGAGGUAUACCUUGGGGGUAGAUACAACAGCCAAGCCCGUGACUCCAGUUCUCUAACUUUGCCCCCAACACUCACGGGUGGCAUUAAGUACCCUUCUUCUCCCGGGGCCGGGGACGGGUCCUCCUCGCCUGGUCUCUAUUCUGCCGGGGUCAAAGGGAGUGCCGUUGGUGGUGCUGGUGGUGUUGGUGGAAAGUACUCGCCUAUACCAGCAGGUGGAAGUGCAGCCUUGUCUUUGCACCUAAACCCCACCACCUUGGCCAUGCUGCAGCAGCACAACUACAUCCCUUACUUCAGAGGGUUCAAACAGGACCCCCUACCUGACCCUAAACCUAGGACAUCCCUGCAUCUCAGUUUACCUCCUCCUAACGGUAGUGAAAGUGGUCGGAGUACCCCCAGCUUAUCCACCUAUUCCGAUGGCAAAUCCCCCUCAUCUACUUCUACAUACGUGGCUGCUCCCCGGCAUUUCCACGUACCAGAGGCUCUGGUCAAAGAUAAUAUCUAUAGAAAACCCCCCAUCUACAAACAGCAUGCUUCUAGAACAUCCUGGCAGGAUGGUGAGGAUAGCAAGAGGAGUAGUUGGAUGAUCUUGAAGAGCGAGAUUGACGGUCACAUGGGUCCAGAAGACCUGGACCCCAGCAAGUCGACCUGCAGUCUACCAACUGACACCUCUCAGCCACAUUUUCCCUACAGUAAAUCUGCAUCUUUACCCGGCUAUGGAAGGAACGGCAUUUACAAGGCUGCUGAGAUGGUGGAGGAUGAAGUGGAUCCAGACUCCCAGAGCUGGGGAGGCAUGAGAGAGUACAAGGUCUACCCUUACGAAAUGCUGGCAGUGACGCAUAGAGUUAAAGUGAAGCUUCCCAGAGACAUAGAUCGCACCAGACUGGAGAGACACCUAUCUCCCGAAGACUUCUAUCGGGUUUUCGGCAUGACCCUGGACCAGUUUGACCGCCUGGCGCUCUGGAAGAAGAACGACAUGAAGAAGAAGGCGCGCCUUUUUUAGACAGAAAUAAAAAACAAAAUCGCCAAGCAACAUCUCAACAAGCAUCUGGAAGACAACAGAAAACAAAAACAGCCUAUCAGAAACAUCAAUAUAUGCACCGCCAUGAUACCCCGACUUUCCACCCGUGAAACGCCAUGCCGUCUGGCCCGUGAGGUCACGGAGAGCCGCUCCGUGCGCCGACAUUUUCACAAUGCUGAGGCAGCAUCUAUAGCUUUUCGUAUGCCGUGUGGUGCGAAUGUUUGACUGUAAACCUUUCAGGAGAGGAUGAGGAGCUGCGUUUGCAUGGCCUGUGUUGAUGCUCCUCGUCUUCCAAGUGGUUUCUGCAUCCAAAACCCCCCACCCGACCCUCCCUACCUAUCACCACUGCACCAACGCUUUUGUACACCCUGACAAAAUGAAAAAAAAAAACAAAAAAAACAACAGCUUUUUCUAAUUCUAAUUGUAGGCCUUUCUCCAAGUUCCUGUGAUCCUGACAGGUUUACUGCUACUCUGUCAGUCCCGACCUAUCUCGCUUUCUAUCUUGUGUUUGUUUUCCUCUUUGGGAGAGUUUACGAUCUUGUCUUUCUCUGUCCUGUCGCUCUGUCUUUUCCCUACGCCAAGUGACUGUUACAUUGUACGCCCUUGCCAUUACUGUAGGACAGUGAAGAGAUUGCAGGCUUGUACACAAUGAAUGUUUGAGUGUGUCAUGGCAAACAACUGGCAUAGCUUUUAUUUCAAAAACGCAACCGCCAAAAAGCAACUUAUCAUGUGCUUUUGUUUUUGAUUUUCGCUGAUGUUCUUUUCCAGAUACGUUUGAAUUCAACUCCCUAUCUAACUAAAUCCUUCAGUCAAAUCAGAAACUGAUAGGAGAGCAAAGAACCGGAUAGCAGCCACGACACCGGAGAGAAUCGCUGAUAGGGCGAGAGGGGGAGGGCUGGAGUGCAGAAGGUUUUCAGGGUGUGCAAAGGUGUCAAACAUGCAGUAACUUGCACUCACAUCAAUGGGAAAAAAAGUUAUUUUUAUAAGCUAUUUUUGACUUCUGGAAAGCAUCAUUUCGCCAAUCAUGUGACGCAGCUGAGAGAAACCGCGAUUUUGUUACGAAAAUAAAACCUCUCGCCGACUUUGUUGUGCUUCACAUACCUGCAGCAGCACUUAAGCAUAACAACUGAGAUCUUGCUUGAUUUAAAAACAAAAGAAAAAACCCUCAAUACUCUGUUAUAUCUUCUCAGAUAGAGAUUUAACUCGUUAUAUGUUUGUUGUUUGAAAGCAUUGUUGCGUACAGUAAAAAGCUACACAUUUAAGCUGAAGUCCACCAGCUUUGCUUGGUUUUUCCGGACCGUAAAUUGAUCAACCUGUCAACUAACAUACCUUAAGAUGUAUGUGAACAUAUACUGGACAUAUACCAGAUAUAUCUGUCUGUAUACAAGCCAUGGUGUAUAACUCUUUAGGCAUGCAUGAGGAUGGGAAAAAUGGGGUUUGUCCGCUGACCUCAUAUUAGAAAUGUAUGAAAACAUUAUCAUCAAUGUGGUUUGAGUGAUUGAUUAUUUUCUGGUCAAAUGAAAUCCCCGGGUCAGUUGCUUACAUACGCUUGUGUUAGGUAUAUUUAUUUAAAUGCAAUUUUGAGGAAGGGAUUUUAUUUUGAAACCUUAAUGGGUGUCGUGUCAAACACGUCCCAGAGGAGAGCGCCGUGGAAGAGAAACAUAUCAAGCGUUGAGUUUAAUCCGAGUGUCAAAUCAAAUGUUGCUCCUGUAAGUAACACACUAACUGUUGUCAUAAAAUCGUCAUUGUCUUCUUUCUAAUACUCAUCUGCUAUUAAAGUGCUUUAUCCAAACUACAGAGUCA